CACGUGGACUAAUCAAACAUUUAACAGACAACUUCCGGUGACCGAAAAAGAAAGUUGAUAAUCAAUAACUUGAGUUGGUUUUGACGAUUAAACAGAGGGUCUCCAAAAUGGGGAGAACGGCGACACUCGCCACUUGCACAUUGAAUCAAUGGGCAAUGGACUUUGAAGGGAAUUUGUCAAGAAUAAUAGAAAGUAUUCAAAAGGCUAAAGAGCUUGGUGCAACUUACAGAUUAGGACCUGAACUGGAGAUAACAGGAUAUGGAUGUGCAGACCAUUUUCUGGAGAGUGAUACAUUCUUACACUCAUGGCAGAGUUUGGGACAGAUUCUUACUAAUCCAGUUACACAGGAUAUUCUUUGUGAUGUUGGAAUGCCAGUGAUGCAUAAAAAUAUAGCUUAUAACUGUCGUGUUUUCUUUCUGAACAAGAAAGUUUUACUAAUUCGACCAAAGAUGGCACUGGCAAAUGAUGGCAACUACAGAGAACCAAGAUGGUUCACAGCAUGGGGUAAACAUAAACAAAUAGAGGACUAUUACCUCCCUCGAAUGAUACAGGAUAUCACAGGUCAGAAAACUGUACCCAUUGGUGAUGCUGUGAUAUCAACUGUAGAUACAUGUAUAGGAUCAGAAAUCUGUGAAGAAUUGUGGACACCUGAUGGGCACCACAUUGAUAUGAGUUUAGACGGAGUUGAGAUAAUCGCCAAUGGUAGUGGCAGCCAUCAUGAGUUACGGAAAGGUUACGUCAGAGUUGACCUCAUUAAAUCUGCAACAAUGAAGUGUGGAGGUAUAUAUGUGUUUGCUAACCAGAUUGGAUGUGAUGGAGAUAGGUUAUAUUAUGACGGCUGUUCAAUGAUUGCUGUUAAUGGAAAGAUUUGUUCCCAGGGGCCACAGUUUGGUCUUCAGGAAGUAGUAGUCAAUGUAGCCACUGUUGAUUUAGAAGAUGUGAGAACUUAUAGAAAUGCCAUCCGUAGCAGGAAUGAACUGGGAUCCAAAUCCUAUGCCUACCCCAGAGUUCAUUGUGAUUUUGCUGUUUCACAUGAUGACUCAUUUCAGCCAACCACUGACCCCAUAGAAUGGCAGUAUCAUACACCUGAAGAGGAGAUUAGCUUGGGACCAGCCUGUUGGUUGUGGGACUACCUUAGAAGGAGUGGUCAGGGAGGAUAUUUUCUCCCCCUUAGUGGGGGUAUUGAUAGUUCUAGUACUGCCUGUAUUGUUUCCAGUAUGUGCCAUCUUGUGAUAGAUGCUGUCAAGAAGGGAGAUACUAAAGUGUUAUCAGAUGUGAGGAAAGUAGUAGGAGAUCCAUCUUAUAUACCCACAGAUGACAAAGAGCUGGCUGGUUUAGUGUUCACAACAUGUUACAUGGGUUCAGAAAACAGCUCUAAAGAAACACAGUCUAGAGCUGCUGAAUUAGCUCAACAGAUCGGCAGCUUCCAUUUAUCCAUAAAGAUAGAUAUAGCAGUAGCGGCCAUAUUAACAGUGUUUACAACAGCACUGAAGUUAAUUCCCAAGUUUAAAGCCAAUGGUGGAAGUCUUAGAGAAAACUUGGCUUUGCAAAACAUACAGGCCAGAGUAAGAAUGGUGUUAGCCUACCUUUUUGCCCAGUUAUGUUUGUGGACCAGAGGGAGAUCUGGUGGACUGUUGGUUCUGGGCUCUGCUAAUGUAGAUGAAUGUUUACGUGGAUAUAUGACUAAGUAUGAUUGUUCCAGUGCAGAUAUUAACCCUAUAGGUGGCAUCAGUAAAUCUGACUUACGAAGAUUUAUAUUGUAUUGUAGAAAGAAAUUUGGAUAUUCUGCCUUAGAAAAGAUUUAUCAUGCACCGCCCACUGCAGAAUUAGAACCUUUGAAAGAUGGACAGCAUUUGGCACAAACAGAUGAGGAUGAUAUGGGAAUGACUUAUGAUGAAUUGUCGUUGUAUGGCAGAUUGAGAAAACAGAGUUAUUGUGGCCCCUUUAGUAUGUUUUGUAAACUGGUCCAUAUCUGGAGUGACAAGUUAACACCUAGCCAGAUUGCAGAGAAAGUGAAGUUUUUUUUCCGCCAUUAUGCCAUCAACAGACAUAAGAUGACAGUGGUGACACCUGCAUAUCACACAGAAACCUAUAGUCCAGACGACAACAGAUUUGAUCAUCGACAGUUUCUGUAUAAUGCAAAGUGGCCUUGGCAAUUCAAAUACAUAGAUUUACAGGCCAAGAAGCUGAUGAUUGUAUAUGAGGAGAGGAAAAACCACCUGUCAGGGAAUACAAAGACCAAUGAUAGCAGGACAUCACAGAACAGGAACAUCUUUAACGAUUCUGUCAACAGCAUAGGAGGGUCAGAUGUGGGUGUGGUAGUUGACAUGGGGCCCGUUAACCCACAUGACGUUUACAUUGAUCUCAAUACCGGACAGGAAGUGAUGUACUCUGAUAACGGUGUGCCGCUCUACGAAGAUGGAACUCUUCUAAUAGAACCACAUGAUGAAAAUGAAUUCAUGUUAACUGCUGAGGAAGAGCAGAUGAGUGUUUCCAUGGCUACAGAAGAUGUAAACAAUGAAUCUAGUGAUAAUCAGAGAUUGCUGUGUCAGCAUAAAGAGGAUGACUCAAUCUUAGAGGAAGAUGAUAGUUUUGUUGAGAAAGACGAAAUGAAAUCCAAGAUUAUUGAACUAAGUAAUCAAAAGAUGGAUAGCAGUACAAAUGUAAUAGAAAAGAAAGAUUCAAAUAAAGAUAAGACAGGAGAGUCUAAAACGGGUCAAAGGUCGAUUCAGUCAGUGUCUAAAACAAUCAAGACCGAAAAAGAGUCAGCAGAAAAUGUAGGGACAAAGUUAAAUUAUCAAAAAAGGAGUUUACGACGAAAGAAACUGAAAGUAGAUCAUCGUAGAAUGACACAUAAGCCACUUAGUCCACUCAAUAAAUUAGCCAAUCGUUUUAAAAGGCCACUGAAAAGGCCUCUGUUAGCUGCCCCUGCAAGACAACCCUUGCUAAAAUCUCCUCAGAAAAAAACAUUGUUGACUUCUCCUCCUACCACUCCCACAGAAAAUGAACCAAAACCAGGUUUUUCUGGAUCAAGAGAUAACAUACCCUCCACUUCAACAGGACCACAUGUGGUUCAAACACCUAGGAUUACACCUUUACAAAAUAGACCAAACCUUCAAUCUAGUCAUGCCGUCGGAAGGCCAAUUAUCACACCAAGUGUAGCACCUGGGGUUAGAAUCGGAAAUCGAGUUUUGCUUGGGAACCAGUUUAGUGGAACUCCUAUACGACAGGGUAUACAAGUUAACACAACAAGGAUGGCUAUAAAUAACCCUGGUGUAAGGGCUGCCUUGAUAAACAGGUCUGCAGCAGUUAGUGCUGCUGGUCUACAGGCUAAGUUAGCCCAACAGAGAGUGAUAGCACAGACCAGACAGGGAUUUACCUCACAAUCACAGCAAUCUUAUGCUGCUCAGACCAGCCAAGGAUAUACUGCUCAGUCUCAACAGGCCUUUGCAACAGGAUCACGAUCUGGCUUUUCUGGGCACAGUCAACAAAGUUUUGUUACUCAGGCUCAACAAGGGUACGGAAAUUCAUCGGGAUAUUCAUCUCGUGUGAUACAGCAGGCCCAGGUACAGAAUACAACUGGUCUGAUACAGAACACUGUCCAACAGACCGUUGUUGUACAACAGAAUUCUGCCGGCCUACCUCCAGGAAAAUGGCCAGCACAUACAUUACUCACUGGAGAUAAUGUGUACAGGUCUCAGAGGUAUAAUCCUGUCAUGAAUCAGAUGGCUGCUAUGAGGGGCAGGAGAUAAUUGUAUCUGACAUUAAAGAGGGAGAGGGAGAAUGCAUCUGCCAAGAGGGGUAGAAGUCAGAAAGUAUCCACGUUUGGGGUA